AUGCCUUCCGCUCGGCGAACACGAUUGCUCGCUAUCGCGGUCAUCGCAAUCCUCAUUAUGACCUUCUACUAUUCCGGUGAAGGAAGCAGUAUUCAAAAUCAGAAAUUCUACAAAUCGACCCUCGAAGCGAUGAAGGCAAAGGAGAAUGCGAAGCAAAAGACAAAAGACAGGAUUCAGGACGCUAUGGCUAAACCCGCUAUUGCUCCUGCGGUUAAUGCUGAUGCGGAGAAGGCCGCUCCUGUCGCUAAUGUGAAGGGGACUGAGGAGAUGGAGGAGAUUCCCAUUGCUGGUCGGACGAAGAUGACUGUUCCGAAGAAGGGUCCGCAGGAUACUUUGUCGGAGCAGGACUCUGAGAAAGCUGGGUGGGUGGCGGAGUCUGAGAAGAAGAAGAGUGAUGAUGAUGAGAAGGAGAAAGAGAAGAAAGAAGAAAAAGAGAAAGAGGAGGAGAAGCUGGAUGCGAAGGCUGAGUUGAAUGCUAUUCUUAAGCGCGCUCCUAUUAUUAUCUUUUCCAAGUCUUACUGCCCCUACAGCAAGAGGGCUAAGUCAAUUCUCCUGGAGGGAUACACUAUCUCCCCGAGACCGUUCGUGGUUGAGCUAGACCAACACCCUAUCGGACAGGACCUUCAAACUCUCCUGGCUCAGAACACCGGUCGUCGCACUGUGCCCAAUAUCCUCGUGAAUGGCAAAAGUAUCGGUGGUGGUGAUGAUAUUGCCGCGCUGGAUCAGAGCGAUGAUUUGGCGUCCAAGCUGCGCCAGUAUGGUGGUAAGUGGGUUGCGGAUGUCACACGUGGCCCACCUAAGGAUCACAUUUAA